AGCACUUGUCACUCACUCAGCUUCUGAUCAACAUCAGUGACACCGCCAGGACGGGAAAGGUCUGUGCUGGCCCAAAUGGCAGGCAUCUCGUAUGUGGCAUCUUUCUUUCUCUUUCUGACUAAGCUCUGCAUUGGCCAGAGAGAAGUAACAGUUCAGAAAGGACCGCUGUUCAGAGCUGAAGGUUACCCUGUCAGCAUUGGCUGCAACGUAACUGGCCACCAGGGACCCUCUGAGCAGCAUUUCCAGUGGUCUAUUUACCUGCCGUCAGCCCCGACCCAGGAGGUUCAGAUCAUUAGCACCAAGGAUGCUCAUUUCUCCUACGCUAUGUAUGCGCAGCGGGUGCGAAACGGAGACAUCUACGUGGAGAGGGUCCAGGGCAACGCAGUCUUGUUGCAUAUCUCAGAGCUCCAAAUGAACGAUGCUGGCGAGUAUGAGUGUCACACGCCGAACACUGAUGGGAAAUACUAUGGGAGUUACAGUGCAAAGACCAAUCUAAUUGUUAUUCCAGAUACGCUCUCUGCUACCAUGAGUUCUCAGACUCUCAGGAAAGAGGAAGGUGAGCCAUUAGAACUCACCUGUGAGGCAUCCAAAGCCACAGCUCAACAUACUCACCUCUCUGUCACCUGGUACCUGACACAGGAUGGAGGAGGAAGCCAAGCGACCAAGAUUAUUUCUCUCUCCAAAGACUUUAUGCUGAUCCCCGGGCCCUUGUAUACAGAGAGGUUUGCAGCUGGCGACGUGAGGUUCAACAAGCUUGGGGCCACAACCUUCAGGCUAUCCAUAGAGAGGCUCCAGCCCUCCGAUCAAGGCCAGCUAUUCUGUGAGGCAGUGGAAUGGAUUCAGGAUCCAGACGAAACCUGGACGUUCAUCACGAAAAAGCAGACAGAUCAAACCACUCUGAGGAUUCAGCCAGCAGUGAGAGAUUUUCAAGUCAAUAUUACAACUGACAGCUCGUUUGCUGAAGGGAAACCCUUAGAACUGGUUUGCCUGGUUGUGGGAAGUGGCCCCAACCCACAGCUUCAGAGCAUUUGGUUCUUCAAUGGGACUGAAAUUGCCCACAUGGAUGCUGGUGGAGUCCUGGACCUGAAGAAUGACUACAAAGAGAGAGCAAGUCAAGGGCAGCUCCAGGUUUCAAAGUCAGGCCCCAAGGCUUUCUCUUUCAAGAUCUUCUCUGUGGGCCCAGAGGAUGAAGGUGCCUACAGGUGUGAGGUGGCAGAGGUGGCAAGAAGUUGGAUGGGCUCCUGGCAGGUGCUUCAGAGAAAGCAGUCUCCAGACAGCCGUUUGCACCUGAGAACGCCCGCAGCAAGAAGUGUGGUUAUGUCUACUAAGAAUAAGCAGCAAGCUGUGUGGGAAGGAGAGGCACUCAUUCUUCUCUGCAAGGUGGGUGGACCUGAAAGUCCCCUGUCUGUGAACUGGUGGCACAUCCCACAGGACCGGACACAGCCAGAGUUUGUGGCUGGCAUGGGGCAGGAUGGCAUUGUGCAGCUGGGUGUCUCCGAUGGGAGACCCAGUUACCAUGGCAACACAAGGCUGGAGAAAGUGGACUGGGCCACCUUCCAACUGGAGAUCACCUCCACCACCCUCCCAGACAGCGGCACGUACGAGUGCAGAGUGUCUGAGAGGACCCGGAACAAGGCCCGAGAUCUGAGCUGGACCCAGAAGAUUUCAGUUACUGUAAAAUCUCUGGAGUCCAGUUUACGAGUUAGUCUGAUGAGCCGUCAACCACAAGUGAAGUUAGGUGACACCUUUGACCUGUCCUGCCUAGUACGGACCGGCUACUCUGACCUCAAGCUGCCACUCACUGUGACAUGGCAGUUCCAGCCAGCUGGGGCGCAAGACUUUUAUCAGCUUAUUUGGAUCACCCAUAAUGGCACUAUUCAAUGGGGGGAUUUCCCAUCCCAGUUCCAAAAGAAAACGAAGGUUUCACAGUUUUCAUUUCGUUCUCAACUCCUGAUCCAUGAUGCCACUGAGGAAGAGACAGGAGUGUAUCGGUGUAAAGUGGAAGUUUAUGACAGAAAUUCCCUACACACCAAUGGCCCUGCAAGGGCUUCUGUCAUCUCUCACCCAUUGAAGAUAGCCAUCACUUUACCGGAGAGCAAGCUAGAAGUGAAUUCAAGCAGUCAAGUCCAAGAGAUAUCCAUCAACUCCAACACUGAUAUAGAAUGUAGCAUCCUGUCCCGGUCCACUGGAAACCUUCCGUUAGCCAUUACUUGGUACUUUUCUCCCGUUUCCACUAGUGCAUCCUGGCUGAGGAUCCUGGAAAUGGACCAAACCAAUGUUGUAAAAUAUGGGGAUGAAUUUCAUACUCCACGGAGAAAACAAAAAUUUCACACUGAGAAAGUUUCCCAAGACUUGUUUCAGCUGCACAUUCUGAAUGUGGAAGACAGUGAUCAGGGAAAAUAUCACUGUGCUGUGGAGGAAUGGCUCUUGUCUACAAAUGGCACUUGGCUCAAGCUUGGAGGAAAGAAGUCAGGGCUAACAGAAUUGAAACUCAAGCCCACAGGAAGUAAGGUCCAUGUCUCCAAAGUGUACCGGACAGAAAAUGUCACUGAGCACAGAGAGGUGGCCAUCCACUGCAGCCUGGAGAGUUUGGGCAGCUCAGCCUCCCUGUACUCUGUGAUGUGGUACUGGAGCAGAGAAAACUCUGGAAAUAAAUUGCUGAUGCACCUGCAGCACGAUGGCUUGCUGGAGUAUGGUGAAGAGGGGCUCAGGGGCCACCUGCACUGUUACCGCGCAUCCCCUACAGACUUUGUCCUGCAGCUUUAUCACGUGGGGAUGGAGGAUGCUGGAAUGUACUGGUGCAGGGUGACAGAGUGGCAGCUCCAUGGACACCCAAGCAAGUGGGUCAACCAUGCAUCAGAUGAGUCCCAGCGGAUGGUGCUCACAGUGCUGCCUUCAGAGCCCACUUUUCCUUCCAGGAUCUGCUCCUCCGCACCUCUGCUCUAUCUCCUCUUCAUCUGCCCCUUUGUCCUGCUCCUUCUUCUGCUCCUUUCCCUUCUCUGCUUGUACUGGAAAGCCAGGGAGCUGUCGGCCCUGCGUUUCAGUGCAGGGAGAGAAAAGGCCCUCUGGGUGGACUUGAAAGAGACUGGAAGCAGGACCACACAUUGGAAGGAAGAGGAAGACUGAACCUUGAGAGGAACCUGCAGCCAGAGGAGAGCAUGGGGGCUUCUGAAUGAGCUGCCCAGGUGUGAAGGCACCUGGUUCUGUCCUUCACUGUGUCUGCGGCCUCGGGCAAGGUAGCUGGGAAUCCGAGGGAGCCUCUAUGGAGCUGUGUGGUGCACCUGUGCUGCACAUUAGGUGUCUCCUUGUGUAUUACCUCGGCCACCCCGUGCAUCCCCCCCGAGCUAGACAGCACCAUUACUCCAUUUUACAUUUACCACACCUGGAGAGGAGCACCUCCCAGCAACACCCUGGGGGGGCUUUCCUCCCCUUCUCUCUUCCAUCCCUGGCCACCCUGGCUCUGGGUAAUCUUUUUUUUUUUUUGAGACCGAGUCUUGCUCUGUUGCCCAGGCUAG